CUUUUUACCUGCUGAGCUCUCAGCUUGUUUUGUUUACCUCCCCGCUCCUGACACGUGGGGGGGAAAGGGAUGGAGGGAGGGGAGGAGAGGAGAGGAGAAGAGAGGAGGCGGAUUAGCACAGCGUCGGUGCCCGGUGUCCUUUAUAGACCACAACAAACACAAGAGUGAUUGAGAGAAACGCGGAGAGGGAAGAAAGCCAUUUGCACCUGCUUGUCCUCCUUGGUCAGUGUCAGCUCUCUCCAUCCAGCAAACCACCACCACCCCCUGCGGCGUUCAAGCAUGUCUGUGUCCGGCUCGCAGACACCAGAGGACGGACUCUACGGCUCCUGGGUCGAGCUGGAGGAGCUGAUCGCAGCCGUGAGCCGCAGGGAGAGUCUGACAGGGCCGGAGGACAGCAUCUCCUCCGCCCUGCAGGGGGAGCUGGAGAGGAUCCUUCUGGAGGCACAGCUCGAGUGUGAGAGGAGUAGAGACAGCUCUCCACAGGUGGGGACUCCACAGUCCACUGGUUCCCAAAGACCCACUAGUGAUCAGGACAGCGAUUGUGUCACCAUACAGGAGGAAGGUGAGCGGCGAGGGGACACUGACUGGGUGUGGGAUUGGUCCAGUAGACCUGAAAAUAUGCCACCAAAAGAGUUUGUGUUUCAGCACCCAAAGCAGCAAAGCUCCCUCAGUGUUAGAAAGACAGAGGUGAUGAAGAGAGGACUCUUCUCCUCUGAUGUUCUCCUCAUCCUCGGUCCUUCACUGCUGGCUUCACACCUGCUCACACUUGGUGUAGGGAUCUACAUAGGAAAACGUUUGGCCGCUUCCUCGACUAGCACGCUGUGACAUCGACUGUAGCCCAGUGACCCCAUUCGCUAACACUAUGGCCAAUAAGGUUCAGUCCGCCCUCUGUAUUGCACUAAUUUGCCUCCUUCUUUCGUCUUUAUGGGGCAACCUUAGGACCCUGCCUGUCUGUACCUCUGUCUCUCUAUUCAUCUGUAAGUCUGUCUUUCUGUCAGCCUCUCUGUCAGUCACUGCACGUCGUAGGGCCCCGAGGGCGGAUGGAUGUCGACCAAUGAGCCAGACUGAGGCCACUUUUACUCUCCUGGAGAGUAACACUGAUCUCAACCAGCUAAAGCAUAAUCAUGGAGGAGAGAUUGCCCCCGAUAUAUAUGAGAAAGGGAAGAAAAAGAGUUUUUACCCAGCUAGAACAAUAAAUCCCUUUGAUAGAAAGAGAUGAAAACGGUUCGUUGGGAACAGUGUGUUCAGACGAAAUGAGAAAGAUAAUAUGUGGUUGCCUUUUGGCCCAACCUUUGAAAAAGUAAAAUGUCUGUCAUUUGUCAAAAGUAAUGACCCUCUGUAAGACGGAGCUGCUAAAAGUGGUUAUUCGGGUUUUUCUGCCCUGGUCUAAUGUAGAGAGUUUUAGUAAGCUGAGUCAAUGUAGAAAUGGCUCUGGUUGUGCUUUUUUGUCCCAUUAAACAAUUAAAUAUUUGACCUCUGACAAAGACAAUCACGAUCCCAUUAAACCUAA